UCUGCCCGCAGGUUCCCGUCCUCGCUGUGUGUGGGGCUGGGCCAGAUGCUGGCGACAGUGGCGGUGCUCUGGGCGGGCAAGGCGUUGCGGGUUGUUAAGUUCCCCGACCUUGACAGGCACGUUCCCCGGCGGACGUUUCCUCUACCUCUUCUGUAUUUUGGGAACCAGAUCACAGGACUGUUCAGCACAAAGAAACUGAACCUGCCGAUGUUCACUGUCCUGCGAAGGUUUUCCAUCCUGUUUACAAUGUUUGCCGAAGGAUUCUUGCUCAAGAAAAAGUUUUCUUGGAGUAUUCAGAUGACAGUAUUUGCUAUGAUCAUCGGUGCGUUCGUAGCUGCUAGUGCUGACUUGGCAUUCGAUCUGGAAGGAUAUAUUUUUAUCCUUAUUAACGAUGCCUUAACAGCUGCAAACGGUGCCUAUGUGAAACAGAAGCUGGAUUCAAAGGAGCUGGGAAAAUACGGUCUGCUAUACUACAAUGCACUGUUUAUGAUCCUUCCCACCUUGACCAUUGCCUACUUCACCGGAGAUGCGCAAAAGGCAAUGGAGUACCAGGGCUGGGCAGACACGCUCUUCAUUGUGCAGUUUACGCUGUCGUGUGUAAUGGGGUUUAUUUUGAUGUACUCCACGGUUCUUUGCACUCAGUAUAAUUCUGCUCUUACAACUACAAUAGUUGGCUGCAUUAAGAAUAUUUUAAUAACUUAUAUUGGGAUGUUUUUUGGAGGAGACUAUAUUUUUACAUGGACGAACUUCAUUGGUUUAAAUAUCAGUAUUGCUGGAAGCCUGGUGUAUUCCUACAUCACGUUCACGGAGGAGCAAAUGAGCAAGCAGUCUGAGGCUGGCAUCAAGAUGGAUAUUAAAGGAAAAAGCUCUGUGUGACCAGGGAAAGGCUUUUUUUGGAAGCAACCUAUUUCUGUUCAGCUGAUCACGGGCAGAAUGCAGGAGGGAAUCCGGGGCAUCUGCCAUGGAGUAACGGUGAUGCUCUUAAUUUGCACAAUCUAGAUUGCUGCCUUUACAAAUCAUUGGGAAGAUAACUGACUGCACGAUGAAGGAUACAUCUAAUUAAGUCUGAUCAUGAGGAGUUAAUGGGUUUCUAAUCACGCUGAGAUUUGGCAGUAGAGAUUGGCACAAGCACCGUACACGUUUGAAUCGCGGAGGACUGUGUCGGCUCUGAGGGCCGUACCCUGAGCAUCCUUGGCUGCGUCUCGUCUCGGUGCAGCUACCACCCAGCGCAGCCGGGGACGGAUGCUGGGGCUGGCUCUGCUCUGUGCCUCCCCCAGCCUGGACCCUCCGGCUGGGCAGCAUGUGCUGCUGCUGCUGCUGCAGGAAGGUGAGACCAUGGUACCUGGCACGGAUCUGGCCCCAAAGGGCAGGCGAACCCCUUCUCUCCCUAGGGGAGAGGAGCGGAGGAAGGGGAGCUGUGGCAUUGCAGCCCACGUGAGGUGAGCACUGGUAUGCUCUGCAGGAUGCUCCUGGUUUGGGCCAAAACCCCUUUGUUGAAUGCUCAGUGCUCUCUGAGCUUACAUAUGUUUGUUGUUUUUUUUGUUCUGUUAACCCACUUUUAAAGCUGGGUUUACCCUCCUUGGUUUCUAAGAGCUCUGCAAACAUUCACCCCUCUCUUUCCCGCCCGAGGUCACUUUUACGAGGCUCAGGGAUGUUCCCAACAUGAAGGUUUUACCUGCCGCCAGUGAGCUCGGCAGGGCUGGCAGCCUCCUUCAAACCACCCCAGGGUCAGAAACCUUUGGAUUUGGGGAAGCUCCUGGCCGUGCCAGGGCUGGCCCCGGUGCAGGGACCCUCGCAGGGCACUUUGGAUCCAAUGGGGAGUAGCUGCAGGGUUUGCAGGAGAGAUGACGAUGUCCCACCUGCCACACAGAGCCUCCUCCUUCAGUCCAGAAAAUUCGCUACAAAGUGAAGGCUGCUGCUCCUGCCCCUGCAAUCCCCUUCCCACCCAUCAGCAUCGUGCACGCACCUGUAAGAGACACAGGGACUUGAAUCGUGUUGUUUUGGCAAGUCAAUGGGAGACUCUUGGGGCUGGUGGGGUGGGUGGCUCUGCGGGCGCUGCUGCGUGUCCCCACGGCACUGAGCGCAUAUUGUGCGUGUCCACACCACAGCGCCAGCACUUCAGCUUUGGCCAAGCCCUGUCCCCCAGUUCGUUGUUUGAUGCAGUAAGUCUUCUUUGGUUUGUGACCCAUUAAAAGAAUGGGAUUUUUAAUAUGUCGGGCAGUGUUAACUGAUGUUUUUUAAAGGUUGUCUGACACAGCACUUCUUUCUAGGUCUCUCCUUGGGUUGUCUUUUGGUUUAAAAAGAGUUGUUUAUAAUUUUGGUUAAAAAAAAAAUUGUGGUAAAACUAUGUAUUUAUGAAGAUUUUUUGUAUACGUUCCUUUGGUAACCAGGAAAAUAGCUUCUGUAGACACUAUAAUUUGUUUCUGGAAGGUAUUUGCUAAAAAUGAAACUGCUGUUUGGUGAAACUGCAUUUAUUGGCGUGCUUAACAUCAUUGACGUUUUUACAUGUGACGGAGACUUUCUGUAACAGUGCUGCAAAGCCUGAUGUGCUGGUAAAGAUGCAGUGCGAGUCUGCCAGCCCCUGCGCUGCCACCUGCUCCAGAAUCCUGUCCCUGGAGUCAUUCUGGCCAGGCGUGCCGGAGCUGAUGUCUCCGUACCAGAGCCUGGGUCUUCCCUUCCCCCCCGGGGGGCUCCCUUCUGGGGGCAGCAGGAUGCUGAAUGGGUGUGGCAGGGAAUUGGUGUGGUUACUAUAUUUAUAAGGCACCUGGCAGCACAGAGGGCUGGGUCGGUGUGUCCCAGAGCAAGGAGCUGCCCUUCAGUGGGGCUCCCCGCCCCACUGCACUCGUAGUGCAGAAUCGGAGAAAAAAUAAAUUCCCCGAUCAUUUUUAUUGCUUCCUAAAUUUCAGUAAAGCCUCGGAUUUGCAGUCAGCUGCAGAGCUUUUCUUUUCUGGGGAAAGAUGAUAAAUGCUUCCUGCUGUGCAGAAGACCCAGAGCUACUCACACAUCAGCUCCAGGCGGGGUUACGGCUCCCAGCAGCCGGGUGGUGCUGGGGCCGGCAGACCCCCGUCCUGGGUUCCCCUGGUCCCUGCAGCUUCCAGCUGCCGCAGCCCCCUCCAGCGUGUGCUUUCACUGGUGCUGUGCCGGAUCAAACCCCCGUCCUUCAGCCAGGCCUGCACGUUCGUCUCGCUUGAACAGAAAUACUUGGAAAUCACUUUUUGCCACGUUUGCUUGUAACCUCGCUGUGCUGAGGCGUUCGCAGUCAGGAUGUCGAUUCUGUCAAAAGUUUUGAUUUUUGUUUAUUUUUGAAUCUACUGGUUAGAUUUAUUGUCCAAAUGGUAAAAUAUUUUUAAAGCUUAUUUUGUUUGUAACUGGGCACACUUCAGUGCCAGAGUCUGGAUGGUAUUGUAUACACUGGGAAAGUGAACAGAGUUCCUACAACAGUAUUUUCUACACUAUUAAUUGACUAAAAUUUUUUCUAUAUAGAAUAUUUACAAAAUUACCAUUUUAGUAAUUAAAAAGGUGACCUUUUUAUUUGAAUGUACGGCAGGCUUUAUAUGUCAGUCAGUGAUGACAGCAAAAAUGAUUUUAUGUGCCUAUGUAUUUUUGUACUGGCUUCAAAUAAACCAAUGACCUUCCCUCCUCCUCCUACCCCGCCUGCUCUUGCCUUCUGCCCAGGGGCUGGCCCUCGCUUCCCUGUAGCAGCAAGAAGAUAAAGGCUAGAGACGAUGAAGCGGCUGAGGCCAAAUAAAACGGGUGCAGCCGGGCUCCCCCAGCAGCCCAGUUGUAGCAUGUUUGUUGUCCCUUCUGCACGUACUCUGAAAGCCCAGCAAGGAUUUAUUCUGUUGAACUGGAUUCUCCGUUCA